AUGUUAACAGAUUUACCCGAAACAGACCGCCCGGCCAACAGACCGUCCACUCUGUUGACCCCGGAAGCCAACCAAACUCUAUUCAAUUUAUUAUCCGCCGAUGACUGCCUGUCCUUAUCGACCACAGCCAUCGAGCACUGGCCUCAAUCGGGACAUACCAUUCCCGCCCUUUUGAUGGCAUGUCUGGUGCGGCACCGGACUAAUGGCCAGCACUUCAUACGUGUUUACGAUUUGACCCACAAUGAGGUCGUAUGUUUUGUUGAUUUGGCUACACCUGGAUUGGAAAGGGAUAUCCGACCCAUGCAUAUGAAGUUUACGGCACCGGGAGAUGAAGAGCCGGUGCGACUGAAUUUCAUUAACAAAGUGGAGGCCAAACACUUCGAGGAUAUGGUGUUCCAGACAAUGGCCGAUAAGGAGAAGCAACUGAUGGUCUAUAAACGACAGUUCAAUCAGUUGGCGAUGGGAGGGGAUGUUGAGGAACCGGGUGGUCAGGGACUGGAGGGUACAGCACACUCUGAGCCUAAGGAUGACAUCCAAACGGAAAACCAAUGGUCGCCACUAUUGGGCGCCGAAAGACGGCAGACCCUAUCGGAGCUGUUGUGUGAGGACAGGUGUCGAUCCCUGAUCGCAGCUAUCGUUAAGUUCAAGCACCGGGAGAACGCGUGGGCGGGCCGGGAGUCUGUGGCCUGUGUGGUAGUCGGAGCGGAUAAUUACCACGCGAUUCAUGUAUACGAUAUAAGUUGGGGGCGAAGUAAAUGCGUUUACAAACGCAUUUUGACGGCACAGGUAGUCGAUGAGGACUCGGAGUUCACAUAUACUGUGGACACGGAUGAGCCAGUGGUUCACCGGAUAGUCGGUAAGUAUAAGUCGGUUAUCCUUAGGUUUGUGGAUGAGUCGGAAGCUAAGCAUUUCCGAGCACUGGUAGUAGAGAUCAUGGAAAGGGUGGCUCCUAAGGAACCGGCGGUUAUGGUGGUGGAGGCACCGGUAGAUGCGGAACCUCCCAGUCGUAUAUGUUUUAUGGGACAGCAUUACAGACGACAAUUGAGUCAAAGUAUCGAUUCGGUUAAUAUCGCAAGUGAUAGGCAGUCCGUGUUGACGGCACCGGCACCUGAUUUGGCUGUGACCGUCGACUUGAAUGAUGGACAGGGGUCGGGGAACGACACCAAAAUCUCCAAAGGGGAAGUCUCCGGUAAACGGGUGCCUAAAAAGGGAAAAGGCAUGCCUUGCUAA